UCAUAAUGAAGACUGUCACCGGAUUGGGUCUGCUUGCCUGUUUCUUCCUCUUGUGUAGAGUAACUGAAGGAGCUCCAAGAGAAAAGCGAGGGGGAGGUGGAGGAGGAGAUGGAGGCACUUGCGAUGCAGGAGCCGAUGGUUGCGGUGAUGGAGGCGGUGACGGUGGCGGAUGCGGAAAAGGCGGCUGCGGUGGAGGCGAUGGUGGCGGAGACGGCGGCGGAGAUGGAGGAUGCGGAGCCGGCGGCUGCGGUGGCGGAGACGGCGGCGGUGACGGAGGCGGUGACGGAGGGUGUGAGGGUGGAGACGCCAGUGGUGGUGGUGGUUGUGAUGCUGAAGAGGGUGCCAGUGGUGGUGCCGAUGGUGGUGCCAGUGGUGGUGACGGUAGCAGCAGCAGCUCCAGCAGUGAAGAGAGCACAGAGGGCGAAUCCGGUGGCGGGGAGGGAUGCGAGGGAGGUGAAGGAGGUGAAGGAGAAGGAGGGAAGGAUGCGGUGGUGAAGGGGGUGACGGUGGUUGUGGUGAAGGUGGUUGCGAAGGUGGUGAUGGUGGCGGAGAUGCUGGGGGUACGUCAGGUGCGCGGUGAGAAUGCGGGUGAUUCAGGAGGCAGUAUUCGAAAAGAAGGAGGCGAUGAGAAAGUGACAUCGGAUUUCCAUCAAGCCAUUGUUGACCUCAUCCCUAAGUUGAUUACAGAUGUCGUCUUCUCUUCCAAAACUCCUACUGGAAGUUCCAUAGAACAAAGUGGUGGUGGUGAUUGUGGUGGCGGGAAGGGUGUGGCUAGGGGUAAUGGUGGUGGUGGUGGCGGCGGGAAUGCUAAACGAGACGACAAUGGAGGAUCGUGUGGUUCCAAUGGGCAAUGCGGAGGAGACCCUGCUCCCUGUUCUCCUGCAGCUCCUGCGCAUGGUACUCCGCCUCGAGCUCCUCCUCCCCCGCCGAUCCCAGCCCCACGAGCACCUGUGCCAUACCCUAGAACGCCACUUGCACCAGCACCUCCUUCGCCGCGUGCUCCAAGACCCCGAUCCCCGGCCAGGGCAUCCAAAGCACCUGUCAUGGGCGCUCCUGCCUGGGCUCCUCCAGUUAGAGACCAACCGGCCACCGUCCCAUCAGCUGGAGCUCAUGAUGCUGUAGAUGGGGUAGAUGGCACUACUGACGCAACUGACGGAGGAUUUGGCGGAGGAAGCGUUGUGGAAGCGACAGCAGCGAGGAGUGUGACUCUUCGCCAGGAGAUGUCGAACCAUCAGAGGGAGGACACGGCGGAGAGGUAA